AUGGAGUACGGGUACCCCUACAACGGCUGCGGCGGCAACAAGGACAAAAGGCCGCCGCUCAAGAGGGGGCAGCUCAAGGUGCAGAUAGCCAAGACCCUGCUGGGCAGCCUCGUGGUGCCGGCUGGCGCCGGCGCCACCAACAGGAAGCGCAGCUUCGGGAGAUGA